AUGAAUGUGCAUGCAAGACGACAUAUUGAAAUCUUAUCAAAUAAUGACGUCACAGUGGAAAACGCCCUCUUACAUGACAAAAAAUAUACUAAAAAUAGGUCUCAUAAACUGCCAAAAGAAAGCGAAUUUCGGAUUUUUCCUGGAACUGGGUUACCUAAAGCUCAAACAAUUACUUUUCCCAGACCAAUCAAAACCAGAUACGUAAAAUUAAAUGAACUAGCAAAUCCACCAAUUAAACGACGACAACUAAGUUUCACGUUUUACGGUUGUAAAUUGACAAGUAUCAUUGACUUUACCAGCAACGGUUUAUCUGAAAUGUUACCUCUACAUCAGGAAUUGCGAUCCGGAAACUCAUCUUUCAUUAGUAAUACAAGUGUUGAGAAAUGUAAACAUCUUUGUAAAUCUAAAAAAGCUUGUAGUGUUGCCAGUAUCAAUGAAGAGAAAAAAUGUUAUCACUACAUGAAUACUGAACUUGGGAUAUGGAAAACUAGUAAGAUUACAAGCGGCAGUAAGUGGUUUGCCAAGCUACAAAACAAUGUAUCUAUGGUAUCCUUUCCGAGGGCUUACCAGAAAGAAUCGUUUUUUGGAAACGUACAGUACGUAGAUGGCGUCUCUAUAAUAACAUCACUCAGUUACCCUCUAACGGCAAUUUUAGACAAUGAUAUUCUAUGGAUUGUUAAUUUUGCACCAGGACGGUUUGCCAAAUUUGUUUUCACAAAUGUUUCACUAUCUGAGUGUGAAUUCAUUGUAAAAACAUCGAAAGAUGGUAACAAAGGAUUUAGCAUUGACGCGCGGUACAACGAUAAUGUAUUUGUAUUAGAAACAGAUAAAAACCUGUUGUUCUUAUCAGCAAUGCCAACGACAACGACAAUGACACCAAAGAUAAAAUUCCGGGCAAUUGUUACUGCUGAGGAAAUAAAAUCAAACUUCUGGAUAGAAGACCGUGGUGAAAACGCCUACAUUUGCUCUACGUAUCAACCGCCACAGACAUACAAAUCAACAGGUUCAAAGAUUCAUUUGCAUUACAAACCUGUUAGAGAUGAAAAAAUAAGUUAUAUUGGCAAAAGAGUAGAGGACAUUGAAGGAUUUCGGCUGCAAUAUAAAAUAUCAGAGCAUCCGUUUGUAAAGUAUACUACUGAGGUGAAGAGAAUUGAUUCAACAGAUUUAGCAGGUACAUAUUCAAUAUUUUAG